CAGACAGCUGGCAUCAAGCAGCAUUUUGAUUCUAUUUGGAUUAUAUUUUGCUGCAAGUAGGCAAAGAGUAAAGUUAUCGCGUCAUUAAAAACUAAAAGCAAACACAAAUGGCGCGCCGUGACUAUGCUCAGGAUAGAGAAUCGAUCAAAACAUUUUUGGCCGAGUUCUGCAAAUGCGACGACGAUGGCAAAAAGGAAUUUGUGUAUGGCUCGCAACUGGUGAAGCUGGCGCAUCGCGAACAAGUGUUAAUCACCAUCGAUCUGGACGACCUGGCCGAGUUCAAUGAGAGUCUCGCCGAGGCUGUCAUCGAGAAUUGUCGUCGCUAUGCGGCGAUCUUCAGCGAUGUGAUUGCCGAGCUGCUGCCCAGCUACAAGCAGCAGGAAGUGCACGCCAAGGAUGCCCUCGACGUGUACAUCGAGCACCGGCUAAUGAUGGAUGCCCGCACACACAAUCCCAUGAAUCAGCGCGACGAACGCAACGCUUUUCCCACAGAGCUGAUGAAGCGAUUUCAGGUUGGCUUCAAGCCGCAGUCAACGGAGAAGGCGCACUCCAUCCGUGAGGUGAAGGCCCAGCAGAUUGGCAAAUUGGUCACGGUGCGUGGCAUUGUGACGCGCUGCACCGAAGUGAAGCCCAUGAUGGUGGUGGCCACCUACACCUGCGAUCGCUGCGGCUCCGAGACAUAUCAGCCUGUCAAUUCGCUCUCCUUUAUACCCGUCCACGACUGUCCCUCGGACGAUUGUCGGGUGAACAAGGCCGGUGGUCGUUUAUAUCUGCAGACUCGCGGCUCCAAGUUCGUCAAGUUCCAGGAGCUGAAGAUGCAGGAGCACAGUGACCAGGUGCCCGUGGGUCACAUUCCACGCAGCAUGACGGUGCUGUGCCGCGGCGAAGUGACACGCAUGGCUCAGCCUGGUGAUCAUGUGCUCGUCUCAGGAGUCUUUUUGCCGAUGGUUCGUUCAGGAUUUGCGCAAAUGAUUCAGGGUCUGCUCUCGGAGACAUUCCUCCAGGCGCACCGCAUUAUAUGCAUCAAUAAGAGCGAUGACAUUUCGGACAAGGAUGCGGAGCUGACGCCCGCCGAACUGGAGGAGUUGGCUCAGGAUGAUUUCUAUGAGCGUCUGGCCACCAGCCUGGCACCCGAAAUCUACGGCCACUUGGAUGUGAAGAAGGCGUUGCUGCUGCUGCUUGUCGGCGGCGUUGAUAAACGGCCGGAUGGCAUGAAGAUUCGUGGCAACAUCAACAUCUGCCUGAUGGGUGAUCCGGGUGUGGCCAAAUCCCAACUGUUGGGCUACAUCAGUCGCCUUGCCAUACGCUCACAGUAUACGACGGGUCGUGGUUCGUCUGGAGUGGGUCUAACUGCUGCCGUGAUGAAGGAUCCACUCACCGGCGAGAUGACGCUCGAAGGCGGCGCCUUGGUGCUGGCGGAUCAGGGUGUCUGUUGCAUCGAUGAGUUCGACAAGAUGGCGGAUGUGGAUCGUACGGCCAUACAUGAGGUCAUGGAACAGCAGACCAUAUCGAUAGCCAAAGCGGGCAUUAUGACCACGCUGAAUGCACGCGUCUCCAUUCUGGCUGCUGCAAAUCCCGCCUUUGGUCGCUACAAUCCACGACGCACCGUGGAACAGAAUAUUCAGUUGCCUGCUGCGCUGCUCUCGCGUUUCGAUCUGCUGUGGCUCAUCCAGGACAAACCGGAUCGGGACAACGAUCUGCGUCUGGCCAAGCACAUCACCUACGUGCACAGCCACAGCAAGCAGCCGCCGUCGCGUGUCAAGUCGCUGGACAUGAAUCUGAUGCGACGCUACAUCAAUCUGUGCAAGCGCAAGCAUCCCACCAUUCCCGACGAACUCACCGACUACAUUGUGGGCGCCUACGUGGAGUUGAGGCGUGAGGCUCGCAACCAGAAGGACAUGACCUUCACAUCGGCCCGUAAUCUCCUCGGCAUUUUGCGUCUGUCGACUGCUUUGGCCCGUUUGCGUCUCUCGGAUCGUGUGGAGAAGGAUGAUGUGGCCGAGGCUCUGCGUUUGCUGGAAAUGUCCAAGGAUUCUCUCAACCAGAUACACGAACACCAGAAGGGACAUGUGCCCAACACUUCGGAUCGCAUCUUUGCCAUCGUAAGGGAAUUGGCUGGCUCUGGGAAGGCUGUGAAGAUCGCCGAGAUUAUGGAUCGCUGCACGACGAAGGGCUUCAAACCGGAUCAAGUGGACAAAUGCAUCGAUGACUACGAGGAGCUCAACGUGUGGCAGGUCAACAUGGGUCGCACCAAGAUUACAUUCAUGUAGAACCCUCCUCUCCCGCAGGAGGCGUGGUUUAUUUUAUCUAAUUCUAUAUUAGUUUUUAAGCAAACUCACAACUCAGAUUCAUCCAACACUGUCAUAAAUAAAUUCAAACAUUUUACUAUUUUCAUGC